AUGGCGUCCCAAGCAAGCCUCCUCCUUCAGAAGCAGCUCAAAGAUCUUUGUAAAAACCCUGUCGAUGGAUUUUCUGCUGGUUUGGUCGACGAAACCAACAUUUUUGAAUGGAGCGUCACUAUAAUUGGGCCUCCCGAUACUCUUUAUGAGGGAGGAUUUUUCAAUGCCAUUAUGAGCUUUCCACCGAACUACCCAAAUAGUCCGCCAUCAGUGAAAUUCACCUCUGAGAUAUGGCAUCCAAAUGUUUAUCCUGAUGGGCGAGUUUGCAUAUCAAUUCUUCAUCCUCCUGGUGAUGAUCCAAAUGGUUACGAGCUUGCAAGUGAGCGCUGGAUGCCUGUUCAUACAGUAGAAAGUAUAGUACUAAGUAUCAUAUCGAUGCUCUCUAGUCCUAAUGAUGAAUCUCCUGCAAAUGUUGAAGCUGCGAAAGAGUGGAGAGACAGGAGAGAUGAAUUCAAGAAAAAAGUUAGCCGUUGCGUGCGGAAGUCGCAAGAAAUGUUGUGA